AUGUCUUCAGAACGUCCGAGCGCGGCAGGCGAGCAGGAUAUCACGGUGCACCGCAUGGUCGAGCCCGCGCAUCCUGAGCUCCUGCUGCUAGAUCUGCGCGCGACCGCUUCCGCCGCUCAUUCCACCAAGUUCACAGCGGCCUCGACCGACGAGUCACAGUACUCGCACUUCACCUGGGCGAUUGCCCCGCGCAAGCAGCGGUCUCGAGUCGGCCCACAUGACGAGGGGAUCGCCCUCUGUGGGCUCCUCAUUAUCGACCCUAUAGGGUACCCUCAGCUGGACAAGCAAAUUACGAUCAACGACCUCCCCGUGGGCCGCUCUGUCGAGGGGACGAUCCGGGCAUUCCAGUUCUCCCGGGGAACACUCCCUCAAUUCGGGGAGACGUGCUGGUCGAGAGGCUUCAAGCUCGGCCACAUCGCCGACCAUAAUACCGGCUGUUUCGUAUUUACUCCGAAUGGAUUAUUGUGCGAUUGGAAUUAUGAGUGCGCCCCAUGGAAGAAGCAGACGAUAGUACACUACGAGUUACUGCAUUAG